GUGUACUUCCGGUGUUGUUAUUAUUAUCUGUGGUUAUUAUCAAUGCGAACCAAUAUAGCCACUGAGUAGUAGCUUGAACACCUAACAGCGGCUUCGUCUGAAUAUUGUCAUUAAAAAAACAAGCGCAAAAUAAAGAAGCGGAAUUCCUAAUGGUGACACAACACUACGAUGAAGUCGCUGCUAAACAGACCGAAGAGAGGUGGUCAAAAACAACUCGAUGUGCUCGUAGUCAAGACUGAAACUGGACCGGGGCUGGACGGUGAGGCGGAGGACGGCUGCGGUCAGGUUUACACGAACGGACACGGUUUGAGGGUCCGAAUCAAAGAGGAGCCACACGCGCAGGAGAUCUGCGACGAGCCCGGUGCGGACACCAAGCCGGACACUGCGGCGUCCUGGUCAGACGAUCACCAGCAGCAGGGACACGUGAAGGACGAGUGCGACUCUCACCAUCAACCCAAAUGUGAACCCGGCUGUGCUGCCGUCAAGGAGGAGGCCCAGUCGUGGAUCAAAGAGGACGGGGGCGGUGAAGAGGAGGAAGUGGAUGCAGGGAACAGCCAUGAACAUUAUGAGGGGGGAGAGGGGGUCUGCGCAGAUACAUCAUCAUCUGAGUUCUUUCCCUGUCCUCACUGCACCGUCUCCUUUACUGACUUGGAAUUCUUGGAGAAGCAUGUCAAGUGGGUCCAUCAGAAACAGUAUCUGGACAAACUGAAACAAUGCUUCUCAAGCCACACACUAAACUUAAUUCCCAAACACCGGUGCACUGUCUGCAGCAGCACCUUUAACUCUAAGGUUAAACUUAGGGUACACGUCGGUGAAGCUCAUCCUUCGGCCCCUCCACGCAGGCUCCACCCCUGCCCAACCUGUGCACGCAGCUUCCAGUACCUGAAGAAUCUGAAGAACCACUGUCAGCGCUGGCACAACAUGUCUGUGGUUACCAGAGGAGGGCACCUCAGCUGCGCUGACUGUGGGAAGAGUUUCAAAGCUACCUGGGGCCAAGGACCUCAUUUGUGUAAUGAACCAGUGAACGCAGAACCCGAGGACAAGCCGAUCUGCCUGGACACUGGUGUGCAGUGUCAGGAAUGUGGCAAGAAGUUGCGCACACCUCAAAGUCUGGAGGAUCACAUGCGCACACACACAGGUGCCCGGCCAUUUGUCUGCAGGGAUUGUGGCAGGAGGUUUGUGGAGCGCAGCGGCUGGCGGCAACACAUGAAAAUACACACGGGGGAGAAGCUGUUCAAAUGUCAGGUGUGCGGGAAAGCCUUUUUAAGGUCACACCACCUCAAGUGCCACUUAACGACACACUCUGGCAAGAAGGAAUACUCUUGCUCUGAGUGUGGGAAGGAGUUUGGAUUCAAGUCCAGUCUUGAUCUCCACCUGAGGACACAUUCCAGCGAGAGACCCUUCCACUGCAAUGUGUGUGGGAAGAACUUCAACACCCAGCGAAAUCUGCGGGUCCACACCAAACUCCACACCAAUGAGAAAGCACACCAGUGCGGCGACUGUGGGCUGAAGAUCGGAGAUCUCGGGGCUUUGAAAAUACACCUGCGGACGCACACUGGAGAGAGGCCCUACCACUGUACAGUCUGCGGAAAUAGGUUCAUUCGCCUUGCACAUUUGCGAAACCACCAACGCACCCACACCGGCGAAAGACCCUACAAAUGCACCGAAUGCGACAAGAGCUUCACUCAGUCCGGGGACCUGGUGAAGCAUAAACGGAUACACUCUGGGGAAAAGCCCUUUGAAUGCCCCGACUGCCACCGCCGUUACACUUCCUCUGGUGAUCUGGGCAAGCACAGGAGGAGUCACACUAACCUGCGUCCCUACACGUGUCAAGAGUGUGGAAAAAGCUUUCGCUUGUCAGGCCAUUUGAAAACUCACAUGUUAACUCACACAGGGGAGAAACCGUAUUCCUGCCCCAAUUGCCUGCGCAGGUUUGCUCGCUCUCACCAUCUUUCUGGACACGUGGCUAAAUGUCGCUGAGGCUUUUUUUGAGAAGACUGUAAAUAAGCUAGUCCUGAUUUAAUCUUGUUACUGUGGGAGCUGUAUAGAGAGACGAUGAUGAAGGUGUUCAAGUACGUAAUCAUGUUUGUCGAUAAUUAUUUAUAUGAAGUUUCUGUAACCCUUGACUGAGAUGACUGUUGUAACUUAUUUAAAACACACGACUUGUGUCUGUUAUUGCAUGCAACUUUUAGCACAAUAGCACAAUCCCCGGUCUUGUUUGAUUAUUAUUUUUAAGCAUUAGACUGGCUGUGCAAGACACUAAUAUAAUGAAAGUUUGAGGACAAGGUAUGAGGCUAAGCUCAGUUGAACAUGCAGAUAGUUCGAUGCUGUAUUAACUGUAGAAAAUAAUAAAUUAUUUGAUGAAUGCAUGAA